AUGAUUUCAAAACGUGGCGAAACGUAUGUCAAGGCUGGUUUGGCCGAUGGGUAUCUUCGCGCAAAGAAGAAGCUCUUUGACAAAGACACCAAGGAGGGCAUCGUGUCUUUUGGAAAUGCUGAGAAUUUCCUGAUGCAAGACGUACUCCUUGACUACAUCCGAACAAAGGCAUUUCCACGCCUCGAAAAAUUCAGUUUGACGUAUAAUGAAGGUCCCUUCGGCCACAAACGUCUCCGCGAAGCCAUGGCUAAGCUGGUUACUACAUACUUCGAUCCAGCUGUUUCGAUCACAGCAGAUCAGAUUCUCUUCACUAGCGGCGUCACGAGUCUGAACUCAGUGUGUGCGAUGUGUCUGACCGAUCCCGGUGACGGAAUAUUGCUAGGUCAACCCAUCUAUGGCGCCUUUAAUGGAGAUCUGCAGGUACCCUCGAAUUGUCAAUUAGUAUAUACGCCGUUCCAUGGAGACGACCCAUUCAGUCUUCAAGCUGUGGACCGGUAUGAGCAGACAUUUCUCCAAGCGCGCGAAAAAGGUGUCUCGGUCAAGGCUCUCCUACUUUGUAACCCACACAACCCACUCGGUCGAUGCUAUCCGCGUGAGACCCUAGAGGCGUUGAUGCGGCUGUGUCAGAGGUAUCAAAUCCACCUCAUUAGCGACGAAAUAUACGCAUUGUCGGUAUACGGAGAUACUUCAUCCGGCGGGUUUGCCUCGAUUCUGUCAAUUGACCCGGCCCCUCUAGGCGUGGAUCCAGCCCUGGUACACGUCCUGUAUGGAAUGUCAAAAGAUUUCGCGGCGGCAGGAUUGAGACUGGGAUGUUUGAUUAGCCGGAAUGAGAAGUUUAUGCAGGCUGCUCUCUCAAUCAGUCGGUUUCACUGGCCUUCCGAGAUUUCUUGCAGCAUUGCCACUGCCAUUCUCGAGGACCAUCAAUUUAUAGACGACUUUAUCCAGCAAAGCCGCAAGUUACUACGCUCACAGAGGGAUUUUGCAGUGCGAAUACUAGAGGAGGCAGGGAUUCCUUAUGCGCGAGGCUGUAACGCAGGCUUGUUUCUCUGGAUUGACCUGUCCAAGUGCCUGGACCCCAGAAUCGUCGAGGCUAAAGGGGAAUGGGAUUCAGAGCUGGAAUUGUCCCAGAAGCUUCAAGCAAUAGGAGUGGAAAUGUCAUCCGGAUAUGCCUAUCACAAUGAGACGGCAGGCUGGUUUCGUGUCAUAUUCUCGGUUGAGAGGGAGAUAUUAGAGGAGGGUUUGGCAAGAUCGUCUGUGAGAGCACUUCCCAAGAUGUAUACACUACCUCCUUUGCCUUAUGACUAUGAUGCCCUGGAACCGGUCAUAUCAUCCGAAAUAAUGACCCUCCACCAUCAAAAGCACCACCAAACAUACAUCACCAACCUGAACGCCGCCCUUUCAGCACAACAAUCUGCCAGCGUCUCCAAUGACAUUCCCACUUUACUCGCUCUCCAACAAAAAAUCAAAUUCAACGGCGGCGGUCACAUCAACCACUCCCUAUUCUGGCGCAACCUUGUCCCUGCAGCCUCUGAAGACACUCGCAUCAAUACCGCUGCUCCUACUGUGAAGGCAGCAAUUGAAGCUAAAUGGGGCAGCGUCGAUAAUUUCGUUAAUGACUUUAAGCAGACUCUCCUCGGUAUCCAGGGCAGUGGUUGGGGAUGGCUCAUCGCCAAACAGGGUCCAGCAGAGAAGAAGGGUAGGACUUUGGAGAUUGUGACCACUAAAGAUCAGGAUUCGGUAGUGACGCCGGAUGAGAGCGUUGUGCCGCUGUUUGGGGUGGAUAUGUGGGAGCAUGCGUAUUAUUUGCAGGUCAGUGACUAG